CCGCCACCGUCCCACCGCACCACCGACAAGAUGAAGACGACGUGGAAGGACAUCGCGCCGGUGCCGACGUCGCAGGAGUUCCUCGACAUCGUGCUGUCGCGAACCCAGCGCCGGCUGCCCACACAAAUUCGGGCUGGCUUCAAAAUCAGCAGAAUUCGAGCAUUCUACAUGCGGAAGGUGAAAUAUACCGCCGAGACCUUUUCUGAGAAGCUGAACGCCAUUUUGGACGGCUUUCCGCGACUGGCGGACAUUCAUCCGUUCCACAAGGAUCUACUCAAUACCCUCUACGAUGCAGACCACUUUCGAAUUGCGCUUGGCCAAAUGAACACCGCGAAAGGCUUGAUUGAGACGGUGUCAAGAGAUUACAUCCGAUUGCUCAAAUAUGGCCAGAGUCUGUUCCAAUGCAAACAGCUCAAGCGCGCAGCGCUUGGUCGCAUGGCUACCAUUUGCAAGAGAUUGAAGGAUCCGCUGGUGUACCUGGAGCAAGUGAGACAGCAUUUGGGCCGUCUGCCUUCGAUCGAUCCCAACACACGAACACUACUCAUCUGUGGCUACCCAAAUGUCGGAAAAUCGAGCUUCUUGAAGAACAUCUCCCGCGCAGAUGUGGAUGUGCAGCCCUACGCUUUCACGACAAAGAGCUUGUUCGUUGGUCACUUCGACUAUAAGAUGCUGCGGUUUCAGGCUAUCGACACUCCAGGAAUUCUCGAUCACCCACUUGAAGAGAUGAACACGAUCGAGAUGCAGAGUAUCACAGCAAUUGCACACUUGCGGAGUGCGAUUUUGUACUUCAUGGAUCUGAGCGAGCAAUGCGGAUACAGUGUGCACGCACAGAUGGCUCUGUUCGAGAGCAUCAAGCCACUUUUCGCCAACAAGCUUGUCUUCAUUGUGAUCAACAAGACAGAUGUGAUGAAGCCAGAAGACUUGGACAUGGAAACGCAAGAGAAGUUAGACAAGCUGCUGAAGAGCGCAAACGUGGAAAUGCUGCAAAUGUCUUGCACAACUACAGAGGGUCUCAUGAAUGUCAAAAACGCUGUGUGCGACAGACUGCUCGCAGAGCGGAAUGCGCAGAAAUUGAAGGCUGGUACGAACGCGUCAGGCGAUGUCACAGGCAGACUGGGAGAUGUGCUCAAGCGGAUACACGUUGCUCAGCCACUUGGCGGCAUCGGCUACGGCCCCGAUAUCCCAGAGGCGGCUCUCAGCAAGAUGAAGUACGACAAGGACGACCCGAAUAGACCUAAGCUCAUGCGCGACAUCGAAGAAGAGAACGGUGGUGCCGGUGUCUUUAACGUCAACCUCAGAGAGAAGUAUCUGCUUGAAGACGACGAAUGGAAAAUGGACAAGAUACCGGAAGUGCUCAAUGGCAUGAACGUAUACGACUAUUUCGACCCAGACAUUGAAUCCAAGCUCCAGGCGCUUGAAGAGGAAGAGGAACGACUAGAGGCAGAAGGCCAUUAUGACGAUGAUGAAGAGCUCGAAGAUGCAGAGGAAGCUGACAUCAAAUACAAGGCCGAGCUGAUUCGGGAAAAGCGACAGCUCAUCCGGAACGAGAACAAGAUGCGCAAGUCUCUCAAGAAUCGUGCCGUCAUUCCGAGAUCGAAGAAGGCUGUGCAGAUGGAGAAGAUGCAGGCUGGGCUUGAGAAGGCGGGCUACGACACAAGUGCUAUCGCAGAGCGGGCCAGGUCGCUUUCGAGACCACGCGGUAGAAGGCGAGCAGGCACUGAGGACGUUGACGAUUCUAUGGACGUGGAUGAGACUCCAAAAGAGCGCCUGUCCCGAAGCAUCUCCGUUGCCAGAGUCAGGAGUCAGAGUGUAAAGAACAGGAGAGAAGACGGUGUCACUGAUGAGACUGCAAGAACGAAUGCUGAGCGUGCUGCCAAGCUUGGUCAGAAGAAGAUGAACCGCAUGGCUAGGCAAGGUGAGGCAGAUCGUCACCAAACUGCUAGCAAGUCGAAAUGGCUUCUUGCUGGCAAGAGGGGUAUGGGAAGCACGAGAAGUCGCUAAUGUGGGCGUUCAUGUUCAUCUGGCGUUGCAUUGCGUAGGGAUGUCUGGAGUCAGGGUGUUCAAAAGGGCUGCAGUGUUCGGAUUUUACUUGGCGGCCACACCUGGCGACAUGAAGAUAGAAG